AUGUUGGGAUUGCGGGAGUUGGUCAAGGCAGAGACGCAGAUGGUAUGUUUGACGGCGGCGUUACGGCCGGCGGACGAGGCCGAGUUUGGGCGGUUGGUCGGGUUACCCGGAGCGGGUAUAGGGGUAGGCGCAGGCGCAGUACGAUGGUUCCGGAGCAACACCACGCGGGCGAACGUACGGUACGAAGUACGGCGGUAUAACAGGGGAGAGGAGGACAAGGAGAACGUGGUUGCGGCAUUGGUAGAGGAGAAGCAGGCGAAGUAUAAGGAGGCCGGCGGCGGACAGAUCGUGGUAUAUUGCGACACGGUCAAGAAGGUGGAUCAAUACGCGAAGCAGUUGGGAGGGUUGUGUUACCACCGGAACGUCGGCGAGGCGGAGACGAAGCAGGGGGUAGUCCGACAGUUACGCGAAGGGACAGGCCAGGUAUUUACGGCGACGAAUGCGUUGGGAUUGGGGGUCGACGCGCCGAGGAUCCGGGUAGAAGUGUACGUCGAGGUGGUGCGGCGGUUGCGGGAUUACGCACAGGAAGCGCGACGGGCAGGCGAGCGAGGC